UCAAUAACAGUCGGGAGAAGAUGGCGGCCGAGGGUGAGUACGAGUCCAUCCUGUGCGUCAAACCAGAUGUCAACGUUUACCGCAUUCCGCCUCGAGCUUCGAACCGCGCGUACAGGGCAGCAGACUGGAAGCUGGACUCUCCUGACUGGUCCGGUCGGAUGAGGAUCACAGCCAAGGGCAAAGUGGCRUUCAUCAAACUGGAGGACAAAGUCUCAGGGGAGCUGUUUGCUCAGGCACCAGUGAAGGAGUAUCCCGGCGUUGCUGUUGAAACUGUCAGCGACUCCAGCCGAUACUUUGUUCUGAGGAUWCAGGAUGACAACGGCCGCAGUGCUUUCAUUGGCGUUGGCUUUGGGGACCGAGGGGAUGCCUUUGACUUUAAUGUGACUUUGCAGGAUCACUUCAAGUGGGUGAAACAGGAGAAUGAAAUCAGUAAAGGUGCCCAGCUCGGGGAUUCGGGACCAAAACUGGACUUGGGUUUUAAAGAAGGACAGACCAUCACGCUCAACAUAGGACAAGGUAAAAAGAGGGAUAAGCCCCGCCCACAAGGCUCCGGUGGUUUUGGGCUUCUUCCACCGCCGCCUGGAGGCAAGAUAGCUCCGCCCCCUUCGUCGGGAUUGUCUAAUCACAACAUUGUCCAACAGAUGGGAAGCACAGCAACAGGCUGCCUGCUGGAGCUGGACAGCAGCAACUCAAACACRGUGGUUCAGUCCAACCCGAGUUCAGAUCUGCUUUGGGGAGACUUCUCUGCUCCUUCAAGCUCUGUUCCACCUCCAUCACAACCUCAGAACACCACAAACUGGAUCCAGUUUUGAGUCGUCGCCCGUUACGUCAGAUGUGAUUUUUCAUCUCGCCUGCAUUUGUGUUCGUGGCUUCCUGCGAAAGACGCCGAGAGUAUCUCCCACACACUCCCCCCACUCGCCCACCCACCAUCACAGCAGAGAUGACAAACUCCCCCUCGCUCUGUAAAAUCAUGUCAGAGAGUUUCAUGCGCCUCAGAUCCUGCAGAUGAAGCAUCAAUAAGUCAAAGCCAUUAAAUGAAAUGAGCCAUCUCUAUCAGAUAUUUAAGGGCUACGUGUGACGUCCUGAGUGGCAGGUGUUCCUCUUUCAUAAACUCCACYAGAGGAGGCUCUCUGAACUUGGUUACAGGUGGAUUUAUUUUGGCCACAGCGCCCCCUGUUGGCUCGUUAGAGUACUAAAUGUCAACGUUUUCUGCAGCCUGCGAAAAAGAGCAUAAACCCUCAACAGGAUGCCUCAAAUGUAACAAAUUUGUUUUUCUGUAAUGCUCCAAAACUAGCACUUAAACUUUAGUCAGUUUUCUUUCAAACAAAACAUUAAUGUCUCAUAAUUUUUAAAACAUUCAAUUUAUUUUAGUAAACACUUGUUUUAGUGAACCUUUUUAAAAAGAACCCUUAAAUUUGGCACUAUCAUGGCAUUUUUAAAUAUAAGAUCUAAUUUAUUCCCAUCGGUCUGACCAAACAUAUGGUUUCUUUUUGUUACAAAUAAUUAUUUUAAACAGGUGUCAUAAAUAGUGUUAUUUGUUUUUACAUUUGUUAAUCACUACUUAAGACAAAAUACUACAAAAUUCAGUAUUUAUAGAUUUACUACACUGAUUUAAAGUUAGAGGAGAUUUUAUGAGUGAAAUAUUACAAUUAUAUUAUAACGGAUGCAUCAGUUUUUCUUAUGAACAAAAAAAAACAAGAAUAAAUGGUUGCAAAGUCAAAUUAUAUGCUUGUUGUUUACAACAAGUCUCUUUUACUGAAAUAUGUAUAGCAGAUACAAAUACACACAAUUUCUAAUUCAGUCUUUUAUGUUUAAGUUUUAUAUUUAUGAUACUUAGAAAGAAGCACCUAAGUUAAAAGGAAUAUCUCAUCCUUCAGCACAGCAGCUAAAGAGGGUUUAAUAUUAAAAUGUCCUCAGCACUGCGAUUAAAUUGGAAUCUUCAUAUUUUAACGAUAUUUUUAUUUUAUUUUAUAUGACUUAGAAUAACAGAAAACAAAGAAAAUCAUGUUUGUCUAUAAAAUGUCUUAAAAACCUGUUUAUAUCAUCAUAAGGAGCUCURCUGUGGUGUUUGUCAUCAACUCAUUUCUCUGCGUGAUUUUUAUUUUCCAAGUUUAAAUCUGAAGCUGCGUUCCUGUUCCUUUCAAACAUUCGCUCUCAACCGAUCCGUCUUAAAGAGAAAACUGAAAGUAAAAGCUGUAGUUCAGCACUUUAGAAAGCUUAUGCUGCUAACCUGCUCUUUAAAAAUAUAAUAAAUGAUCAUGAAGAUAUCUAAUCAAGGGUUUAAAAUUGURCAAUGUUACCAAUCAUUUGGAUUUUAUAGAGAUAAUCUGGAAAGUUCAGGACCUUUUUGGUCACAUUUAAUAAGAAAACUGCAGUUUGUUAACUCUAAGCAUAAAACCUGAAACCAGUUUGUCUGGUUCUCAUAAAUAUAAUAAAAGUUGCCAACAAUGACCUCAAACUCACCAACUGUGUUUAUUUCCUGAAGUGACACAGAUGGACACUGUGGUGUGUAAAAUGGACACGGUUGAUCUCCGUGUUUCUGGCGGUAAACACAUUUAUCUGCUGUUAGAGAWCUGAGGAGAAACAAAAUGAUUGUCACUUCGUACUGAAUGUGUUAACGGCAGCAAAUGAAAUGUUUGUUCUUUGCUGAAAAGACUCAAAGUUUACAGAACUUUUUGAUUUUCUUUGUUCUUUACUGUGAAAUGAUUUGUCUACAGGAGUAUUUAAGGUUUGCUGUGAUCAGAUCACAGGAACUGUGUUUACCUGAUGUUAAGUUAUAGGGCUGAUUGUUAUUUGUUGUGUUGUGUUUACAUUUCUCUUGUCGCUAGCUAAAGUAUCAUGUCUCCUGUUUUUCAGUCAUUCCACUCUGGCUGUAAAAUCACUGGACUAACACUUGAUUUAUGACCAAUUAAAUGAGGACGAGGCAAUAAAAACCUUCAAAGGA